GGGUAAUGGAUUAAUAUGAGGCUUCAAAAAAAGUGUAAUGUCCACAUAAUUGAAUGAACUACUUGGGCUAUUAAUUUUAGUGGAAAUUAUAUAAUGAGCAAAAAAAUUAUGAGAUCUACAUAAAACCAACUGAAGAAUCUCCAAGUUCACUGUAUAUGACAGAAAAAAAAAAAAAAAAAAAGGCAACUUCCCUCUUGUCACAGAGCUCCUUCCCCCUUCUGUUACACAUUGCCUUUCCUGCUGGAGAAAUGAGCACCAGACUGUCUGAAAUCCUCCAAAAUUAAGCAACAGGAAUAGAACGUUAGGGCGCAGCGCUCACGCCGACGCAGACGAGCUCAUCCGAUGACGUCGGCCGACGGGUUUUCUAAAGCUGAGGACCGAACGUGAGCGACAGUCCCCCGGAGCACAGAGCGACGGCAGCCAGCGAGAAAGAAGAGAAGCAGGAUGUUCAUGAACAUCAGCGAUGGUGAGGAGAACGCCACGUUCUCCUGCUAUAACCCCUCGGUGGUGGAGUACCGCUACUUCGGCGUGCUGUGGGGCUCCCUGGUGACUCUGGUGGGGACGGUGGGAAACAUCCUGACCAUGCUGGCCUUCGUCGCCGACCGCCGCCUGCGAACCCCCUUCAACGUGCUCAUCGUGAACCUGGCCGUAGCGGACCUGUUGUACUGCAGCGUCCUACAGCCGGUCAGCGUUGACUCCUACCUGUACCUGCGCUGGCGCGGUGGGGCCAGCUGGUGCCGGGUCUUCGGCCUGCUGCUCUUCCUCUCCAAUUCGGUGUCAAUCCUCACCCUCUGCCUGAUUGCCGCCGGCCGCUACAUCCUCAUCGCGAAGCGGGCGCUCUUCCAGCGCGUCUUCUCGGGUCUCGGCCUGGCCCUGCUCCUAUCCGCCACUUGGGCCGUGGGGCUCGCCAGCUUUGGCCCGCUCUGGCCUUUCUACGUCUUCACCCCGCAAGUGUGCACCUGCAGUUUCCACCGCAGCCGUGGGCGUCCCUACACGACCGUGCUCCUCUUCCUGUACUUCUUCCUCGGCCUCGGCUGCGUGGGCCUCUUCUACCUUCUCAUUUACCGGCGGGUGAGGGUGGCGGCCGGGGCACUUCAGAAGUACAGGCUCAGCCGGCGCUCAUCGCGCAAGAAGCCGGCGGGUGGCGAGGACACCACAGAGGGUGACAGCGGUGUUGUCAGUGGCACGGUGACGCACAGCAGCGAGAUCAGCGGCCCCAGCGAGGGGUCCAUCACACAAGCCCAGAACCAGCUCCCCAAGAAGCCCCAGGCCAAUCAUAGCUCUGAUCCCAUCUCAAAACCAGGUCCCAGGGCCACAUCACAAGGAGGGAAACUCGAAGCUGGGCCAACUGGGUCGCCGAACGACGAUGGGGAGUUCGCCCGUGUCACCAGGAUGUGCUUCAUCGUCUUUGUCUGCUUCACCUGCUGCUUUGUCCCCUUUAUCCUGCUCAACAUCUUAGACCGAGGCAACCGCGCUCCGCAAGUUGUGCACAUGCUCUGCGCCAACCUCACCUGGCUCAACAGCUGCAUCAAUCCCGUGCUAUACGCCGCCAUGAACCGCCAGUUCAGCCAGGCCUACCGCGCCCUGCUGACACGCGCUUUGUGGCCAGUAACAGCACUUUGUAGGCGAUGAGAAUCUUCCGGUGUCUUCCAGGCAAAGUCUAGGUCUGUUUCAAGUGUGUAGCCUAAUAAAAAACUAAUAAAAAAAGGAAAAAAAAAAGGUAGGAGGUGUACACCAAAGUUGUUUAAAAACUAACCAUUCAUUAUGAAUUUAAGCAAAAUUAGUGAAAAAUUAUGUCUUAUGAUUAUGGUCAGGAGACAGCAUACAGUACCUUUACAAGCCACUUGAUGUUUAAAAGCUGGAACUGCAAUUUUUGUUUGAAAAUGUAUAUUGUCAGCCUGCAGCGGCUCAUUUCUCCAUCUAUCUUCCAAAUGUUUCCUGCUCUUAGCAGAGGAACCUCAUUGACAGAGAUGAAAAACAGCAGCCCAGGUAGUAAUAGCAACUUAAGUAUUAAUAUUAAACUAUUGUCUGGGUUUGAGCAGAUAGGAAUCUAAAGACAUGGGAGAAUUCUUGACAUCUUGGCCCAGGUCACCAUAUAUGAUUAUCAACCUUGCCUUCCAUGAUCAGACCUGAGCUACGCUUUUUUGCUUUAGAAGGAACUGAAAAAGACAUGAAAAUGGGGA